GAAGGGGUCCUUGUCUGUCUGCAUGCAGAACAGCACGUUAUCGUAUUUGAUGCCGCGACUGCUCAGAUCCGCGUGCUAAACAGACGGGUCAAGUGGGAUCUUCAACAAUUUAGUCCACGUUCAGUGUACGGUCAUGUCAGUAUUGGUAACAAAUUCCUUGUGAUAUUGAUGUGAGAAGCCCUAGGGAUGGCCCAGAAUGGCGCCGAGAAUGGUGGGAGUAUUUCUCGGGGAGCGCUCAGGUCCCAUCUGGCCUUGGAAGAUGACGACCCAACUCUGGGCGACAAGUUCAGCACAGCGACCCUGCAGCACGAUGCAGGGACGGGCCCCAUCCCUUCCACGGUGCAUGGUGCCCCCAGCACAGCCGCAGAGAGCAGGGAAGUGCUUGCGCGCCUCAAGCGCAUGGCAGGCUUUGAGUCACAAGACUUCGACCCAGCGGAAAAUGAUGUGGAGAGGGAGUUCCAGAUACACAGGACAGAGGAGGACUAUGCACUGGCAGAGUUUUGGAAGUGGACGCUGGCCUUCUUGAUCGGGGUGACCAUGGGCUGCAUCGGCUUCAUCGUGGACUGGGGGAUCGAGACCCUCAAUAACUUCAAGUACUACCACACCGUCGGCGUCAUCGCCUCCAAAGGAGGAUUUGCGGCGCCGUUCUUCAUGUACGUGGGGAUCAGCCUGAUAUAUGCCAGCGUGGCGGGGGCGCUGGUGUCAUUUGUGGAGCCUCUGGCGGCCGGGAGUGGCAUCGCCGAGGUCAAGACAUAUCUCAACGGCAUCCACAUACGCGGCCUGCUCGCGGUGCGGACACUGGUGGCGAAGUUGAUCGGGGUGGUGUUCUCAAUUGCGGCCGGGUUGAUAGCGGGCAAGGAGGGGCCCUUCGUGCACGGGGGCGGCAUCGUCGGCGGCGGCAUCGGGUCCCUGGGCUCCCAGUGCGUUCCCUCCACCCUUGUGCCGCGCAAGUGGGGCGGCUUCUUCCGCAACGACGCCGAGCACCGCGACUUCACCGCCAUCGGCACCGCCGCAGGUGUGGCGACGGCGUUUGCAGCGCCGAUCGGGGGCCUGCUGUUCACCAUAGAGGAGGGCGCCUCCUUUUACUCCACGUCCAUCUUCUGGCGCGGCUUUGUGUCCACCGGCAUCGGCGUCUUCACCCUGCACUUCCUCGUCGAGGCGGCGGUGUGUGCUCUAAACAUCCUGAGCGCGCACUUUGGGCGAUACCGCGAUUUUGGGCUGUACACCGACAGCCUGGCAUUCUACGGCUCGCGCAUGUUCUACUAUGUGUGGGACGUACCCAUCUUCUGCCUCAUGGGCGCCAUGGGGGGCCUCAUGGGAGCGCUGUGGGUCCACGUCAAUGUCAAAGUCACUGCCUUCCGCCACCGCUGCAUCCCUGUCAGGUCACCAUGGAAGCGGCUGGUGGAGGUUGUUGUGCUGGUGCUGGUCACAGCCUCGCUCUGGUUCACCGUCGCCUACAUGUCACCCUGCAGAGCGCUGCCGGGCAAGGCAAGCACCUCCCCACCUGCUUCUGCCAGUCACUCUGAGUUCUAUGCCGGAGGAGGCCAGUUCAGGCGGCACGGCCUGGAGCACUUCCCGCAGCUGUGGUGCGAGAAUGGCACCUACAGCGUGUUCUUCACGCCGCUGAGCCAGGCGCUGCGGCUGAUGAUCCAUCUGGGGGAGCCACUGCCGGAGGCGCGCCUGAACGAGUUCCACUUCGACUUCAGCGUUCUGGGGCUCUUCUUCGUGCUGCCCUACGCGCUCAUGAUGUGGACCAACGGCGUCGGCGCAUCCACCGGCAUGUUUGUGCCCGCGCUCGCCGUCGGAGCCACAGGCGGGCGGCUCAUGGGUCAGGUGGUGAGGGCGAUGGUGCAGUGGGCAGGCGUCUCCCUGCCGGUGUCCCUCACCUCAUACAGCGUGAUUGGAGCAGCGGCGUUCAUGGCGGGAGCCACGCGCAUGACGCUGACGACUACAGUGAUGGUGAUGGAGACAACGGGCGCCAUGCAGCUGAUUGUGCCCCUCAUGAUCACCGUCUUUGUUGCCAAGGUGGUGGGGGACCAAUUUGGAAUGGGCAUGGAUGACACGCACAUGAAGAUCCGGGGGGCGCCCGUGCUGGACGAGCCCGCGCUGUCACCCCACCAGAAGAUGAUUGCCGACAAACUCGCCGUGUCCGAGCUCAUGUCCAUGGCCGUCGUGGCCCUGCCGCCCGUCGUCAAGGUGCGGCAGGUGGUGGAGACGCUGCGCUGCUGCUCGCACCAGGCCUUCCCGGUGACGCCCGACGUAAAGAAGGCGUUCGACUCCGCGGAGCCCUUUGAGCUGCACGGCCUCAUCCUGCGCCACACCGUGCUGCACCUGCUGCAGCAUCGCAUCGGCUUUGUGGACCCCGCGCAUGCCGACAUCCCCCCGCCGCGCUCCCACAUCCCCUCCACCCAGGCGGCGCGGCUGAAGCUGUUGGAGAAGCUGGAGCAGCGGCCGCUGAAGCUGCGACCCAAGGACGACCAGGAGCCGAUAAUCCGCGGCCUGUCCCCCGCGCAGCUGGAGCAGAUGGUGGACCUGCGGCCCUUCAUGCAGCGCAACCCCUUUGUCGUCCAUGCCGACGCAUCCCUCUCGCGCGCCUACCGCCUCUUCCGCACCAUGGGCCUGCGCCACUUGUUCGUCGCGCCCCCCGCGCCCAAGGCACGCCCUCUUAUCUGCUGUUUUGUGAUGGGUGUCAUCACGAGGAAGGACAUCGCAGAAGCCAACGCGAAGCUGGCACUGGGCCGCAAAGCCAACCUGGGGCUGACAACCCCCUCGGACCGCCUCGUGCGCCACGGCUCCCUCCCCUUCAUCCCCUACGGCGCCUACGACCCCACCGUCGGUUACUCAUCAUCCAGGUGA